AAGCUCAGUUCAAUAGCGGCGAUUGGUGGCAACAGUUGUUGUGAGCGGUUAAACAUUCGUAGCAAAUAAUAAAAACCCCUAAACCGUGGAGUGUGUGUGUUUCUUACUCUAAAUAAAGAAAUAGAAAAUCCAAGUAACCAAAUAAAAAAAUAAAUAAAUAGUAUUUUGUAAUAAACAAUUUUAAACAAAUUUUGGAUAUAAAGCGAAUUUGAAAACACAACAUUCAGCGAAUCGUCAUCAUCAUCGGUGUAAAAUCUAGUUUUUUUGUGUCUUCGCUUUUGUUUUCACAUCUCGUUUGGAAAAUCUUGGUUCGCCUCAGCGAUUCUCAUCCGGCUUUACUUUGUCUGAAACUGGUAUUACAAAUCCCUCAAGCAGAUUGCAUCCGCUGUCAAAACCUUCAAACAAUCAUCACAAAGCUUAUAAGGACAUCACAUUCCAGGGAACAAAUUUUUUGGCUAAAAAUAUGUAAACAUCAACAGCCGGAGAAAAUCCCAAACUACCAAAAAUUCUCCACCUCUUCUAAAGAGCCACUACCAAAGUUUGGUUAGAACUGGUUAAAAGGAAACAACACGAAACAGUCUAGCCAUGAAAUUCCUUAAGGCCACCAUCAGUUUAAGUCAAAUUCAGGCCAUUCUUCGCAAGGAUUUUCUUGUGAGAUGGCGUUUAAAGUGGCUAAUUUGCUUACAAGUUAUAUGGCCCAUGAUCAUAUUCUUGCUGCCCUAUUUGAUUCGCCUGAAAUUCACUCCCGUCCACAAUGAUGCCUGCCAAUUUCCGACACGACAAUUGCCCACAGCUCGCAAUACACUGCCCGGGAUGUUGUCGUACAUUUGUACCAUUGAGAACAAUUGCAAAAGUACGGAUGUCUAUGACGAAUAUGAAUAUUUGGAUAAAGCACCUUUAAAGCCAAUCAUUGAUGUAGUCCAAAUUGUUAUCAACGAUGACGGAAUGUUCAAUGCAUUGAUCGAAUUACCGGAAAAGGCGAAUUUUAUCAAUGCCGUUACAGCGAUUGUCACAAAUGCACAUUUUAGUGAGAUACGAACAAACAUUGAGAAAGUCAUUAGCAUGGUACCAGAUGUGGAGAAAGCACUCAAUGGUAGCUUUGAUAUAAAGAAAUUAUUUUCAAGUCGUGAAACAUUUGUCAAGGCUGGCAAUUUACUUUGCGGUCACCCGUUCCCCAGUAUUGAUACAAUACCAUUGGUUUCGGAUAUCUUAGAAUCGGAAGAUUUCAGUAAAUCCAAUGAUGAUGAAUUGAAUGCAAUGCCAACACCUUAUUGUAAAAAACUCUAUUUGGAUGUGACCAGCUCGAAUUAUGGCAAAAUAACCUGGGAUGUAGUGAAGCCAAUUAUUCAGGGCAAAAUUCUCUUUGCCCCAAAUACUGAGGAUACCAAUUCAAUUAUGGCCAUGUCCAAUUCCACAUUUGAAGAAUUCAAUCGUUUGAAAAUGUUGUCCGUCUCCUUUCAACAAAUACUCACCAAACUGAAACAGCCGGGUAGCUUUCAAGAAGCCUUCGAUUCUCUUUUGGCCUUGGCAAAAUCUCCCUUCGUUCGCAAGUUGAUUGGUGAUGAGUUCGACUUGGAUGAAGUUGAAAAUGUUGUCAAUCGCAUACGUACCGAUCCUGUUGUCUAUGAUGUCAUAAAUACCGUUAAGAACCUAUUGGAAUGCCUCUCAGUGGAUCGUUUUGUUGCCUUCGAUACGGAAGAUGAGCUGAGACGUCAUGCUUUCGAUUUGAAUCAACGCAGAUUAUUCUAUGCCGCAAUUUAUUUCAACCAAACGGAGACGGAAAAUGUUUCCUAUAAACUGCACAUGGAUACCCAGAAUACCCAGCCAACAAUUGAGAAUAGGAAUCGUUUCUGGUUCCCAGGGCCAGGGGGUUCAAUGUUGCUUGAUUUGAAAUAUCAUCGAGGUUUUGUGCAGAUUAAACACUCCAUUGAUAUGGCCAUAAUAAAGCAUAAAAAGGAAAAACUACAACAGCUGGGAAUUUUGGCCAAACCCACACCACCUCCGCCAAGUGGACCGCUUUUCAAUGUGGAAAUUGAAACCGGUGAUGAAGAGGAAGACGAGGACGAAGAUGAUGAGGAGGAGGAAGAUGAAUGGUUUACAAAUUCAAACAAUACCAAAAAUGCCAAUUCGACAGCGGCUCCCAAUAAGGAAAUGAUAUCUUCGAUUGUUUCGGGCAUUCCAAUGGAUGCAACCACAAUUUUACCCAACACGGAGGACACAAUGGGCGAAACAACCACAGAAUCCAUGGAUUCCGAAGCCACUACAAUACUCCCCAACUUUUCAAAUGAUUUGUCGCAAAACCUAGGCGAGGGGGAUGUUUUAAAACGUCAAAAACGCCAAGGAUUGGCAGAUUUGUUCUCAAGUUUUGGUUCCCAAAAUCAAGACGUUAAUAAUUUCGAAAUUGAUAAUUUGAAAUAUUUUACCAAACAAUUUCCCUAUCCGGAAUACACCAGGGAUGAUUUCAAAACAGGUCUCUAUCUGGCCCAAGCUAUUCAGUUGGCCUUCUUCAUUGGUUUAGUGGCCGAAAUUGCAGCCAGUGUUCGUCAUUUAAUUUGGAUGAGAGAAUCUAAGAAUUCAAUGAUUAUGCGCGCCAUGGGCCUUAAAUCCUGUUCCGAACUGACCUCCUGGUGUAUUGUGACAUUUUUGGAAAUGCUUUUCAUUUUCAUACUGGUCUCAAUAAUUCUAUACAGUGGCGGAAUGGUAGUCUACACGAGGUGGCUUUUUGUCAUGAUCUAUAUUUGCUUGUUCGGAGCUAGCUUGAUAUCUUUUUGUUACAUGUGUUCGACAUUUUUCAAUAGUGCCACUAUUGGAGCUGUGGCCACAACAGUUCUCUUCUUCAUUAGUUUUUGUCCGUACAUAAUUGUUUUGUUAUUUGAUGCCCAAUUGAAUUCUUUGCAAAAUUUCCUCAUUAAUCUCUCAUUUACUACGGCCUUCUCCCACGGCUGGAGUCAUAUAAUGCGCAUGGAGCUACAGGAAGUGGGUUUAAGUUUCGAAGCCGUUUUUCGCGAAGGGUUAAGAGGAGAAUAUGGUUUUUCGUUUUUCAUGUUGAUAUUGGAUUUGAUCCUAUAUGCAGUUAUUGGAUACAUACACCAGAGAUUUAAGGAUGACGACAACCGUUUCGUUGAGGUCCAAAGAGAAGAACUCGAUUCCACUGUGGGAGCAACGCUCACUAAUGUUACCAAAGUUUAUGGUGAGAAUAAACAUGCCGUUAGCGAUAUCUCGAUUUCAUUCUUCAGGGAUAAGGUAACAUGUCUCCUGGGCAGAAAUGGUGCCGGAAAGAGUACAAUUAUAAAAAUGCUAACAGGCCAGGUCGUACAAACAACUGGAAGAGUUAUUCUGUCCCAGGCUAUGUCUCGCGGCAAAGAAUAUGACAAAGUUGGUGUUUGUGCCCAGGACAAUAUUCUGAUACCCAAUUUAACUGCCCGUGAACAUUUGGAGCUGUAUGCCAAAAUCAAGCUGAAGAGAAACUAUCAAUCUGAAGUUGAAAAGACAUUGAAAGAUUUGAACUUUGGCAAACAUGAAAACUAUCAAGCGAGUCAAUUGUCGGGUGGCUACAAGAGACGUUUGUGUGUGGCCAUUUCAUUUAUUGGAUCACCCAACGUUGUCAUUUUGGAUGAGCCCUGCAAUGGUGUUGACAACAAAGCCCGCAAGGAUAUCUGGGAUCUGAUUGAACGUCUGCGCAAGGGAAGAGCUGUGAUUUUUGCCACACAUUUUCUGGAUGAAGCGGAAUAUCUUAGCGAUAUAAUUGUGAUAAUGAAAAAUGGUAAAAUUAUUGCCAAACACAAUCCGGAGACGCUGAAAAAUCACUGUACCUCAUUCUAUGAGGUUAGCAUGAAUAGCUGUGACAGUCAAACUUCCGAUAUGGUCGUCGACAAGGCCAACAAACUGUUGGCCAACUUUAGACAAUUGGAUAAAUCAUCAGAGGCGGAUUUGAGUUUACGCGUUUCCUAUGAUCAAGUAAAUCACAACUCUUCGGAAUACUUAUCCUAUCUGGAGCAGUUGCAGGGUGAUGGUCGUAUCAAUGAUUUGUGCAUUGAAUCGGAAAAUUUGGAACAUGUCUUCAAGAAUCUCGAUAAGAAACAUAGCAAUGGUGUGGUGUCGUCAGGACAUUAUAACAACAAUGGCCACCCAUCUGGGGAUUUGAUGAAAAAUAUAAAACUGAAGCGGGAACUGGGUUGGAAUAUGGUGAGCAAUGACGCCUUGUCAAGGUGGGCUGCCAUACGCCAGCUAUUCUGGAAACGUUUGGUUCACUUUAGUCGCAACUAUCGUAUGUUGGUGUGUGUUAUUGUAUUGCCGUCUAUAUUUGAGAUACUUGCCAUGUGGUUUGUCUCCCAGCGUUUGGAAGAUGAUUUCGAUAAAACGAUAAAAUUGUCUCGAGAAUUGUAUCCCAGGACUACUCAAUUUAUGAGCAUGGAGAUACCCCUGAAUUUUACAACGGAUGUUUAUGGUCGUUUAAAGGAAAAUUGCCCAGCAGGGGCGGAGUUGACUUGUAAAGAAUUUGCCAAUAGUCAAAAAUCCUUCUAUUGGGUCCUCAAGACUCUCAAUGAAUAUCAGGAGAAACGUUAUGGCGGCUACACCUUCAAUGAGUCCAAGUCGAUGGUGUGGUACAACAAUAAAGGUUAUCACUCCAUGCUGGCAUGGUUGAAUGACAUGAACUCGCACAUGUUGCAGGUUGAGACAAAUAACACGAAUUACAAGAUUUCGGCGUAUAAUGAGCCAUGGGAAUUAGGUUUCCAGGAGUUUAGUACGACAUCCAUUUUACGUCAAGCCGGUGACUCAUGUUUGGCAUUUAUUCUUCUCAUUGCCUUUUCCAUGAUUGUGGCAGUGGCCUCCGUAUAUCUAGUCAAUGAACGUGUCAAAGGUGAAAAGUUACAGCAGAGAUUGUGUGGCGUUGAUGCGGUUACCUAUUGGGCGGUGGCCUUUAUAUGGGAUUUCAUGAUCCUAAUAUUGGGUAUUCUGGUUUGCUGUUCUGUCAUCCUGGCCUUUGACAUGCCUGUCUUUACGGACCGCCAACAGCUGUGGGGCAUCAUUGUACUGGGAUUAUUCUUUGGCUUCGCCUGCAUUCCGGGGGUGCAUGUCUUCGAGAAAUGCUUCAACGAUGCGAGUGUCUCAAUUGUGGGAAUCUUCAUAAUCAAUGUUAUUAUACCAUUAUUCACCCUGUCCACGGUGGUGCUGUUGGGCGUUGUUGGAGAUUCGCCCAUAUGGGAUGAGUGGCGUCAUUUCCUCAAUCAUCGACUUUUCAUUAUUUUCCCACAACAUGCGCUAGCUGAUGGCCUGCUGGAAUUGUGUAAAAAUUAUAUGGUAGCUCUAACUUUCCGACGUUUCGACAUUGAUUCCUAUAAGAAUCCGGUGAAUAGUGAUUUGCUGCAAGCCCACUUUACCUCAUUAUUUAUUGUGGGUGUGUUCUUUUUGGUUCUGAAUGUGUUGCUGGAAAGUGGCCUCCUAGGUGAUUGGAAGGAGAUGCUAAUGGAUCAUUUGGAAUUUUUGGGUCUGCAAAAGGCGAAACAGUUCGAUGAACUCAAAGUUAUUUCCAUACAAAAUUCCCUAAAACGUAACGAUAAGAACGCCGUUAGUGCUCUCAAGGUGGACAAUUUAAGUAAGAAGUAUGGUGGACGUGGCCACUAUGCUGUGUCGAAUGUCACCUUUGCCGUUAGCCAUGGCGAAUGUUUUGGUUUGUUGGGUAAAAAUGGUGCUGGCAAGUCGACAAUUUUCAAAAUGCUCUCCGGACAGUUGAGACCAACUUCGGGACGUAUUGUCUAUGAGAAUCCGGAAAUAUCAUAUUGUCCUCAAACAAAUACCCUGGAUGAUUUGUUAACCGUACGAGAAUGCAUUGAAUUUUAUGGUCAUCUGAGGCGCAUUACUGAUUUGCCGAAGCUCGUUAAUAGCAUACUUGAAUCAUUCCAAUUGGAGGCAUAUCGCGAUGUUCUUGUGAAAAAUCUCAGUGGUGGUAAUCGUCGUAAAUUAACUGUGGCCACGUCGUGUUGUGGUCGCACCUCGGUGGUGCUCAUGGAUGAGCCGACAAGUGAUAUGGAUCCUGUAACGCGAGCCUUUGUCUAUCGCACCAUUGAUGAUUUAUUGGCCGAAAAGAGAGCAAUUGUUUUAACAUCACAUUCGAUAUCUGAGAUUGAUCAAAUUUGUCAUCGCAUUGCUGUCUUGAAGGAUGGCCAAAUGUUGACGUGCAGCAGUCCGGAAAGUUUGAAGGCACAAUAUGGUGGUUAUUACAAUGUUACCGUCUAUUGUGAUCAGGAUAAGAAAAAUGCAUUGGAAAAGGAAAUACGCCGCAAAUUCCCUCUGGGCAAAGAUAUGCAGGUCUAUGCUCAUUCCAUUAAGUUUAGCAUAAAAAUUGAGAAUCCCAGCCGGGAGGGUGACAAAGAGAAUGGCAUCGAUUUACCCGAUAAUUUGAAAAUCCCUGAAAACGACACAACUACCUCAAAGCUGGCCAUGAAUGGUGGUCACACCCUGUCACAACUGUUCUAUGAUUUGAGUAAUUUAUCCCAACAAAUAUCGGGAUGUGUGCGCUAUGCCGUCAACAAGUGUAAAUUGGAUGCGGUGUUUGAGAGGAUACUCGACAAAAGUGAACCGAGUGACUUAAGACGUGGCUCGGUUUACAAUGGAAUCGACAACAACACUGCUGCCGCCAUGGGUGGUAGUCCAUCAACGGGUUAUGUCCACAAUGGUUAUGUUGAAACGGAAACAUGAACAUGAAUGAAUGAAGGAAUGCAUGACUUUGUAUCCAAGAAGUUGAAACAAACAUCAGGCUGUGCCUUUUAUUUUUUAGUUUAAAAAAUAUUUUAACUCUCGAAUAUCCUCUUAGGGUUUGUAAUAUUUUUUUCGUUUUUAGAGAGCAAUGCUCCAAGAAACUUUACUAUUGCUUUAUCUGUAUAUGUGUGUGAAUGUAUGCUGUAUUUAUUAUUUUAAAAUUAUAUGUUUAAAUUAUAAAACAUUAUGCUAAAGGUGUUUUUCAGGGAUUUUUCGAAAAUCCAGGUUUUCUCAAAGGGAUUUAAUUUUAUUUUUUUUAUCAAAUAGCUCAAUGUUUUAUAUUAUUUUGUAUAGAUGAAUAAAAGUCCUUUUGUCUAUAAGUAGAAUAUGUUAUUGUCUUCUAUGUUUGAACUUCUUAUGGAUCGUCUUUUUUCUGCAAUUUUUAAAUCAAGAUGUCUUGAAUAAAAUUGCUUCUUUAGGUCUUCUGUCCUGUAUUUUCCUGUGAUUCAUUAUUUUCUUCGGAAACUCUAAAUAAAAACCCCUUUCAGGUGACUUGAGAUUCAUGGUAUAAAAAAAUUGAGUUUAUUUAUAUUUUAUAGGUGUUCUGUUUAAUUUCUGAUAUAUAUUUUUUCAUUUUUCCUCUGUUCAAAAAUUGUGAAUUGGUGAAUUUGUAAUUGUAUUUAUCUUGUCUCUACUCUAGAAAAAUUCUCUUCCCAAGAUUCUUUUUAGUUGGUUAGGACGUUUCAUGUUAAAAUUGCUUGUGUACGGAGGACUAAAAGAGCUAAGCUUUCUAACAUAAAAGUCCACUACGUGAUUAAACACAUUUUUAGUGUGUGUUGUUUUUAAGAAAAGUUAUAAGUUAUUAAAUAUAAAUUUCCGGGACUUAAGCUUUUCUUUCCCCCUCAUCCUGUAAAUGUGUACUUAUGUCAUUUUGUAAAUUUGACUUAAUAAUUUUUAAGAUAAAUUCCAUUAAAUAUGUGAAUAUGUAUGUAGAAAAUAUUAUUUUUAAAUACACGAAAAAUAAAUCGAAA